GUUGGCUCGCCCACGCGCCGGGAUCUGGCACGCGGAAAGCACCUGCAUCUGCAACGAUACACAGUAGACUUUGUUCGAGAGCAUGACGUCAUGGUGUUCGUUUGGGAGGCAGAAUACCUCACAAGGGCUGGGCCCUAAUGAGUUAUCUGCCUUUUCCCGAGUCGCUCUCAUAGCAGCGGGCCUCAAGUUCUGGGCAACCGCACACGAGUGUCCUUUCAAACGUGUGGCGUGCGCUUCACUUGUUGCAGCUAGGCUGUUUCUGACCCUAGUCCCGCGUCUCGGUGCUUUUGCGAGUCCUGGAGAGGACGUCACCCUUAUCGCACUUCGCUACGCCUUAUAGCAAGCGCUACUGCACGCUCUUCAAGGCAUUUUCCAUCCGCAAAGACCCCAAUUGCCAUUGUACUGUGCGCAACAAAGAGCCAGCGCGACCGAACCACCCGUACACACGGAACCGGUACCCCACCGAGGC